AUGCCGCUCAAGGGCUCUGAGCUCCAGUGCUCACGCGAAGCAGUCGUCGAGAUUGGCUACUGCGAGUGCCAGCACCAGAUCACGUCCAUCAACGGGCAGAUCGAGGCCUACAAGAAAUCCAUCAUGAAGGAGGAAGAGAAGAAUGAGAAGCUGGCGGGCAUCCUGAACCGCGAGGAGACAGAAGCCAACCUGGUGCAGAAACUAACCACGCAGUGCCUGACCAAGCAGGAGGCUCUGCAGAACGAGUUCAACACCUACCGGCUGGUGCUGCAGGACACGGAGGACACGCUGGGCAAGGCCCAAGUGGAGUACGCGGCCACCAUGGGCGACCUGCAGUCGGUCCACCAGACCAUCCGGCACGAGCUAGAGCUGAGGCGGAGGAUGGACGCCUCCAUAUUGGAGAAGCUGCAGGGGCACAUGACCUCCAACAAGAUGACCAAGUACUUCCAUCAGAUCAUCCUGAAGCUCCGGAAGCAAAAGACCAACCUGGUGACACAUCUUUCCAAAAUUGACGGCGACAUUGCUCAGACCACCCUGGACAUCACAAACACCAACUGCAGGCUGGACAUGCACCAGAAGACGCUGGUCGAGCUCGACAAGGAAGUGAAAAAGGUCAAUGACCUCAUCACCAGCAGCGAGAACGAGAUCUCUAGGCGCACAAUCCUGAUUGAGAGAAAGCAAGGCCUCAUCAACUUCUUCAAUAAGCAGCUGGAGCAGAUGGUUUCUGAGCUGGGGGGGGAAGAAGUGGGGCCUCUAGAGCUUGAAAUCAAAAGGCUGACCAAGCUGAUCGAAGAGCACAACACCAAUGUGACGCAGGCCCAGGUGACCUGGCUCCGCCUGCAGCAAGAGAUGGUGAAGGUCACUCAGGAGCAGGAGGAACAGCUGGUGUCUCUGGACAUGUUCAAGAAGGAAAUGCACAUCCUGGAGCAGAAGAAGCUGCGGAUAGAAAGCAUCCAGGUCCCACCUGGUCCCACCUGGGUCUCUGACCAGAGAUCCAUGCAGAACCUCUCGGAGCUGGUGGCCCUGCAGACGCGGGUCAAGCACCUCCAGGCUGUGAAGGAUGGGAGGUACGUGUUCCUGUUCCGCUCCAAGCAGUUGCUGCUGGCCGAGCACAGACGCCUGGACAACCGACUGGGCAUCAUCAGCACCAUCCUCGACCACGUGAAGGACGAGUACCCCCAGUUCCAGGAGGCCCUGCUCAAGGUCAGCCAGACAAUCGCCAGCAAGCUCCAGCCGUCUGAGUCCCCCUAG